CGAGAUGGCGAAGACUAUGGAGCAUGAGCACUCGGAAAAUUUAUGUUCAUCUUUCAAGAGAAAACGAGGAAAAAUGCAACGUCCACUGAGUUCUGCUUCAGAAAGCAAGGAAACUGAACUCCUUUCUCUUCAUGAAAUGUUUUGUGUGGUGUCCAGCCAGUUAACAGAAGAUGAUUUUGAAGUCCUUAAACACUUGUACAUCGGGAGCACGAUCAGUGAUGAUCGCGGAAAGAUCAAGACCCCUUCCGAUCUGUUCUUCGCUAUGGAGAAAUCAGGACUGUGCGACUCUUCAAACUUUCAAGAGAUUUUGAAUGUCCUUCGACUGAUUACAAGGCAUGAUUUGAUCCCAUUCGUGACAAGGAGGAAGAGAAAAAGAGGUGUUGCUGAUCCUGUAGACGACUACCUUGAUCUGUGUACAUCAUCGUCCGGCCCCCCUCCUCAUCCAUCAGAAUCGACCUCGGGACAACAUCCAUCAUCUUCCUCAUCAUCCUCCUUGUCCUCAUCACUUACAUCACCAUCCAUGUCAUUGUCUGAGCCGAUGGAGUCCUCCUCCUCCUCAUCAUCAUCAUGUAACUGCAGUCCGUCAAAACAAUCUGUAAACCCUUCCACCCACCCUGAAUGUUCGGACUCGCGUCCCCAAGCUUGUAGUGUUCACUCGAGGGCCGUUGCCACGACAACCAGAUGUCAGAAGACGGUUGGGAUUUCACCUGAAGCCAGAGGUUUACCAAGGGAGAGACCCAAGCAUACAUGUGACAUUAGACUACGGGUACGUGCUGAAUACUGCUGUCAUGACAACGCUCUCGUAGGCCACCUUCACUCCAUUGUACGGCAUCCAUUGAGGCGUCAUCUAGACCUGUUCUCACAAGCCAGUGCUAUAUUGAAAGGUCGCGACCUUGGAUCCAUCGUAUGUGACAUCAAGUUUUCAGAGUUGACGUAUCUUGACGCUUUCUGGCGAGACUACAUCAACGGAUCGCUUCAGGCUGCUCUUAAAGAUGUCUUCAUCACGGAUUCCUUGAGGACGGCUGUAGGAGAUGAAGCCAUCAAACUCUUAGUCAAUGUAGAUGAAGACGACUAUAGAGCUGGAAGAAGUAAACUUCUCUUGAACUUAAUAAAUUAAUGCCCAACAAAGCAGGGCCCUGUCUUACAAAAAGUUACGGUUGCUCUGAUCAACCACAAGUAUGGAAAGCCAGCAACGUCAACAUCUAAAAAUGCAUGUUUAAUCGUUCAAAACAUUUUCUAGAUAUGAUGCAUAUUUUUUACAAUCAU